CACAAAAUCAAACAUGGCGGACUCCGAGAGCUUGGACGCAACUUCGGUCCAAGAACAACAAGAAGAUCCCUUGGCGGAUUUGACAGAUGAACAACUUCAGAAUCUUGUUCUCGAGUGUAGAUCUCAGAACUUUGUAUUGGACAAUGAAACCAGUAUGUUUGAAAAGUUUCUCAAGCGAGUGGAGCCCAACAUGAUGCUCACACCAUCAGCUGCACCAACACCAAGUGUCUCAGUUCAAGAUACUCGGAUAAUGAGAAAAAGAUCCAAAUCUAAAGGUGGCGGUGUGGACAAACACUUGAAACUAACAGCUGAACAGAAAUGUGACAUAGCUCAAAGAGAAAUAGAAGAACUCCGAGAGGAAAUUGAAAAGUUGAAAGAAGAUUCUGAAAAAGUAUUGGACACGUAUAGGGCAAUUAUGGAAGAAGCUGACAUGAGAUUUGCUGAGAUUAAAAAAGCAUAUUAUGAAUUUGAACGAGACAUUGUCAAGGGCGCAUCCAAUCCAAGGACGGGCAAGGUUGUGUCCGAAAAAGUGUCCAGGUAUUUUGAGGACAAAUUAAGACAAAGGGACACAUUGAUUGAAAAAUUGAGACUUAAGAAUUCAACAUUGAAAGUUCAAAAGAAGAAGCUACAACUACAAUUAAAACAGAAAGAAGAAAUGGGUGAGGUGCUACAUGAAGUUGAUUUCCAACAAUUGAAGAUUGAGAACAGUCAAUAUUUAGAAAAAAUAGAUGAAAGAAACCAGGAUCUACUGAGAUUGAAGUUAAUGGCUGGCAAUACAUUACAAGUGCUAAAUACAUAUAAGAAAAAACUACAUACUUUAACAAUGGAAUCUGAUCGACUCAAAUCUGAGAUUUCAUCUCGGAAUGAUUUACUAUAUAGAAUAGAUGCUGAAACAGAACAAGUGGAAGUGGAAAGGGCCACAGCCGAGAAAUUAAAUCGAAAACUACGACAACAGCUGGAUGAUUACAAAGUGCCAGAGGUAGUAGAAUACGUGAGAGAGAAGGCAGAUUUAUAUGAAUUGAAUAAGACUGUCAAAAGCUGGGAAAGGAAAGUUGAAAUUGCUGAGAUGGCUUUAAAUACUCACAGAAAAACUUGGUACCAGCUGAAAUUAGCCAGUCAACAACACAACCCAUGGGGUAUGGAAACCGUCAACUAAAUCGCCAUAUGUCUGUAGAUAUUGUAAAUAACUGGGUGAUAGAUAUUGCAGUUUCCUCCCACUAAAUGAGUACUGGGAGUUCAUUGCCAUUGUCAAAGCUAUAUUAAUAACCAUAUGUAUGUGUUAUGUAUAAAUGCUAUUCUUCAAAAAAAAAAACUCUGUACUUUAUUUCUGUUUUCUUUGUAAAUAUUUUUCAAAAGUAAAUUUGUGUCAACAAAUAAAUUUGUUUUAAAUUAU